AUCUCAUAUUCGUCUGUGGUCUCACAAGCGGUGCGUUCGUUCCAAGUUUAAAAAAAAAGCUUCGUCUUUUUAUCACAUAACAAGAGUCUUAUUUAAUCCAAAGCAUUGAAAAUGAGGGAAAUCGUGCACAUCCAGGCUGGCCAGUGCGGUAACCAAAUUGGUGCUAAGUUUUGGGAAAUCAUCAGCGAUGAGCACGGUAUUGACCCGACUGGUGCAUACCACGGCGACUCUGACCUCCAGCUUGAGAGGAUCAACGUUUACUACAAUGAGGCAUCAGGUGGAAAGUACGUGCCCCGAGCUAUUCUCGUCGACUUGGAGCCCGGUACAAUGGACUCUGUCCGUUCAGGCCCAUUCGGACAAAUCUUCAGACCCGACAAUUUCGUAUUCGGUCAGUCAGGUGCUGGCAAUAACUGGGCAAAGGGCCAUUACACCGAGGGAGCUGAGCUAGUCGAUUCUGUUCUCGAUGUUGUCCGAAAGGAGGCCGAGAGCUGUGACUGCCUUCAGGGCUUCCAGCUUACCCACUCACUUGGUGGUGGUACUGGCUCAGGAAUGGGUACUCUCCUUAUCUCCAAGAUUCGCGAGGAAUAUCCCGACAGAAUUAUGAACACAUACUCAGUUGUACCAUCACCCAAGGUAUCCGACACUGUUGUUGAGCCCUACAACGCCACCCUCUCAGUUCACCAGCUCGUUGAAAAUACCGACGAGACCUAUUGCAUUGACAACGAGGCCCUCUAUGACAUCUGCUUCCGCACCCUCAAGCUCUCCACCCCCACCUACGGUGAUUUGAAUCAUCUUGUAUCCCUCACCAUGUCCGGUGUGACAACUUGCCUCAGGUUCCCAGGUCAAUUGAAUGCUGAUCUUCGUAAAUUAGCUGUCAACAUGGUACCAUUCCCACGUCUUCACUUCUUCAUGCCUGGCUUUGCACCACUCACAUCACGUGGUAGCCAGCAGUACAGAGCACUCUCUGUACCUGAAUUGACACAGCAGAUGUUCGAUGCCAAGAACAUGAUGGCUGCUUGUGAUCCACGACACGGAAGGUAUCUCACUGUUGCUGCCAUAUUCCGUGGAAGAAUGUCCAUGAAGGAGGUUGACGAGCAAAUGCUCAACAUUCAGAACAAGAACAGCUCGUACUUCGUCGAGUGGAUUCCAAAUAAUGUCAAGACUGCUGUCUGUGACAUCCCACCACGUGGUCUCAAGAUGUCUGCUACGUUUAUUGGUAAUUCAACAGCCAUCCAGGAAUUGUUCAAACGCAUCUCCGAACAAUUUACAGCUAUGUUCAGGAGAAAGGCUUUCUUGCAUUGGUAUACUGGUGAGGGUAUGGAUGAGAUGGAAUUCACUGAGGCUGAGUCCAACAUGAAUGAUCUUGUUUCGGAGUAUCAGCAGUACCAGGAGGCAACUGCCGAUGAGGACGCUGAAUUCGACGAGGAACAGGAGGGCGAAGUUGAUGAGAACUAAAUUUAAUCGCUCUAUUCCGCAAUUGAACGCACGUGUAUAAUUUUUUAUUCAUCAUUUCUUUCUCUUUUUGUUCCCUCCUUUUUUUUUUUUACCAAGACAGAAUUUUUUUCACGACCAGGCCUGCAUCAAGGCUAUCCGCGCAUAUUAUUAUUUCUAUCAAUGAAUUCCAUCUUGAUACGUCGCUCGCUUUCAGUAUCUUUGUAUUAAAUAAGAAUAAAGAGAUAUGGAAUUGUUUCUUUUUUUGUUGUUCACGAGAGCUUGGUUAUGAUGAAAGCCGGGAUUUAUUUCUGCAGUGUAAAACCCUCAGGGGUUGCCAGAACAUCAAUUUUUAUUAAAUUAUUGUCGAAAUAAAAAAGAUACAAUUACACUUUA